UGACGCAUGUUAUGUGUUCAUACCCAUAUGAAAAUUAACAAACACAGGCAAGAAUACAGAUGAUAUUAUAUCUGUUCCCAUGUGUUAGCCUAUGCAUAUAUACACGUAUGUAUCUAUAUGGUAUGUGCAAGUGUAUAAAGUACAGCGAUUGUGAUCGGGAUCGUCAUCGUCUCAAUCCAUUUGUGUAUAUGAAUGUGUGUGGUGGCAUGUGCGUGCGUAAUUAGAAAAAGUUUCAAAGAAUACAACAAAAUAAAAGAUAAAUAUGAAGAAAUUAUUUUUAAAAUAAUUUUAAUGAUGAAAUACGAAUAAAUCAACUAAAAAUAAAAAAGUGUAUAUUAUAUUAGCAGAUCACACUGAAUAAGUAAACAAAUAAUAUUAAUUUAUUUUUAUAUGUACUUAUGUACACUCACGCGCGCGCGCGAAUUCAUGCACACUUGAUGGUGUAUGAAUAUGUAUGCAAAAAUCUAAAAUGAAUGCAAAUUAAUCAUUUAAAAAGUAAAUGAUUUAAAGAAUUUUUAUUAAUGCGAUUGGUUACCAAUUUAUUUAUUUGGUUGUGCCUUAAUCUUAAGCAAGACCAUCUUAAAACAAUAAGGCACAACAAACACGUUAACCUGUUUUGCCGACGGAGAAAAAAUAUUGUUUAUAUAAUUGAAUGCGUAUAAUCUUAUUGAAUUGCAUUUAAAAAAAGUAACACGACGUGGCGAAAAUUUACUCAUGAUGGAUAUUUGGCAUCGAUAAAUACAGAAGUAAACAAAUCCUUGGAUAGCACAUGUCUGGAGCGACAUGGAUAGAAAAACAAUUUUACAUAAUAUUCUACUGAGGUUAUCCGAAGUGAAUUUGUAUUAUGCAUUUAUCAUAAGCAAGGCGUCAGCGAUAUUUAAAUAAUUUAGGUAACGGUCACCUAUUUCUAAAUAGCUGGGCAAGAUUUGAAUCAUGCCACAUACACAUACGCGACAUGGAUCAUCUGGAGAUGAUUUAGGCAGCACCGAUGAAGUCAAGAUAUUUAAGGAUGAAGGCGACCGCGAAGAUGAGAAAAUAUCAUCCGAGAACCUUUUAGUCGAAGAAAAAUCAAGUUUGAUUGAUCUAACUGAAAGUGAGGAAAAGGGCACCAAGACAGUUUCGAGGCCAGGCCACAGCCCCGUAUUUAAUAAGCUUGAGCCCCAUACUCAUACCUUUAAUAUGGGAUAUUUGGUAUCACCGUACUCAUAUGCUAAUGGCGCACCUGGUGGAUUGCCCGUAACUAUGGCAAAUAAAAUUGGUUUACCGCCUUUCUUUUGCCAUAAUGGUGACCCACUAGCAACACCGCCGCCUGCACAUUGUGGAAUACCUCCUUAUCAAUUAGAUCCAAAAGCUAUAGGUCUUGCUCGUCCUGCUUUAUAUCCAUUUACUACGGGCCAAUACCCAUAUCCGAUGUUAAGUCCAGACAUGUCUCAAGUUGCUUCUUGGCACACGCCGUCAGUGUACACAGCUUCUAGUUUUAGUCCUUAUCCCUCUUCGUUGCCAAUAAAUACAACGCUAUCGAGCGAUUUCCCAUUUCGGUUCUCACCAAGCCUUUUACCCUCUGUUCAUGCGACUCCUCACCACGUUUUAAAUUCACAUCAAUCAAUUGUAACUUCUAGUUCGAAACAGGAUGGCAGUAUACAAGAUAGUACAACGAACAACAGAUUUUCAAGAAACUUGGAUACCAAAACCUCAUCAAAUUCGCAGUCAAAUGACUGUAAAGAUAGUUCGAAUGAUAAGAAGAAACCACAUAAAAAACCUUUAAAUGCAUUUAUGCUCUACAUGAAAGAGAUGCGUGCCAAAGUAGUUGCCGAAUGUACACUGAAAGAGUCAGCAGCAAUCAAUCAGAUUUUAGGAAGACGGUGGCAUGCAUUGGGGCGUGAGGAGCAGGCUAAAUAUUACGAGUUGGCUCGACGGGAACGCCAACUGCACAUGCAAAUGUAUCCCGAUUGGAGUUCACGCACGAACACCACACGCGGAAAGAAGCGGAAGCGGAAGCCAGAGGCAAGCAACGACGGAGGAGGUAACAAUAUGAAAAAGUGUCGAGCUCGAUUUGGUCUGGAUCAGCAAAAUCAAUGGUGCAAGCCCUGCAGUCCAAGUAUGAGCUUGGGCGCCAUUUCAUCAGUGUCCAACAACAACGCUAGCGGCAUUGUCGGGGGCUCAGGUGUUAAUAGCAUAAGUGUCGGCAUGCUUACGACCGGCAUAGUUGGUGUAGGAGGCACAGUGAUGUUACCAAACUCCUCGUCGAGCUCUUCGUCCUCAUCAACAUCUUCAUCGCUAGCACAAACACACUUACAAAUACUGGCCAAUAGCAAUGGAAAUGGAUCAACAAUAUCUACUAUUAAUGGAAACACACAACAUGCACAGCAGACCGUUAUUGGUUCCAUUCUUGGUAGUAGUAACAAUGGAGGUGGAAUAGUUGCGACCACAGCAAGUAUUCAACAGUUAUCCCCAAGCACCUCCAACUUACGUCAACUUGUAAAGAUUGGAUAUGAUGACGUUGAAAUGAGCAGGCAAAUUCCAGGAUAACAUCAAUUAAAACUGAACUGCUUGGUACACUCGACCUUCGAGCUUCUGCUCUUCAAAAAUCAGUAAAUAAAUUACAAUUACAUAUUUAAGUCAGUGUAUACCAAUUUGCUAUCAAAUAAUAUUUUCAAAUAAUAAAAAGAAAAUAGCUCUUUCAAUAAAUAGCUUACCCCAUAUUAGCAUAUUUUUCACUAACAUUUUU